AUGGAUGAUGUGAUUAUGAAACAAGUCUUCCUUAACUCGUUCCCAGAACCAUUGGGUAACAAGGCUGUCAAACACUUGCACACUCAAGGCCUCCAGCUCCAACAGGUGACUCUUGGCCGCCUGUAUCAAGAAAUUCAGACUGCUCUCCAAAGAUUGUGCAACCAGCAGCAAUUUUUCAAGACAUGGGAGAAAACCACAGAAAAGCUGAAGGAUACUUGUGAUACCUCCUAUCUCAAGAUCAAAUGCAAGGAUCAAUCUUGCCAUUGUCCAACCAAAAAGAAAUCCCAUUUCACCUGCCUUCCCAAGCACAAGUUUCAUCCACAUAAGCAUAAGCAUUUGGGUUCUUCCAGACGUCAAGGCAAAGGCAAGCACUACCGCUAUUUCAAAAGAAAGAAAUUCUGUGGUAAAACAUCUGAUAGAUGCUUCUCUUGUGGCAAGAAAGGUCAUUUUGCAAAAAGUUGCCCAGACAAGCAGAAGAAAGCCAAGCUCAUUCAUAUGCUAACUCAGUUUGAUGCUGCAGAUGAUAAAGAUGCUGAUAUAGAGUCUUUGUACUCUAUCGAUGAUGAAUUUUCUUCAGAUCUUCUCUUUGCUCUGGAAUAUUGCAACUCAGAUUCCGAAUCUGGCCUUGACACCAUAUCCAGCAUGUCCGACGGAUUUGAUCCCGUCUACCCUCUUUCUCAGACCCCUUUGCCCCUAUGCCCAUCUACCCAAAAAAUUACCCUUCCAUUGGCCCCUUUGUAUAUCUUCCCGUCUGCAUGGGAUCACCCUGUCAAAGUUAUUGGUUAUUUUGACACAGGUGCUACCAUGACUAUUCUAGCCCCUCAUGUUCUACCCCCUUGCUGUUGGAGAUCUCACAAGCAAUAUUUUACUGCGGCAGAUGGAAAAACCUUUUUUGUAGAUUUAAUCUCCAAAGAACCCAUCAAGUUUAAAAUAUUACCCACUUUAAUAGUCAGCCAUAGAGUUUUAGGUUCCUCCCUCCCAGGUCGUGAUGCCCUCAGUGGAUUCGAUCUCCUCACCAAGUUUCGUAAUCUCCAAUGGAGUUCCCAAGGUCUUACCUACAAGAAACAGUUUCUUCCAUGGACCACAACCCCCAGCCUUUUUUCUCUCACCCCUUUGGCAAAUAUCAAGCAGCUAUUGAUUUCUAAAUGUUGUGCUGAUUCUCACACUGAGUUCCUUGCUAAGUGUGAUCAUCCCCUAUGGCAAAAUUCUCAAUUUUUUAUCAGGCUCCCAUUCAAGAAAAAUGAAGAUGUCAAUGCUACUAAAGCCAGCCAUUCUGGAAUGAAUCCACAUCAUCUAGCUCUUGCUCAAGAGGAAGUUACCCUCUUACAAACCCAAGGAUUGAUUGAACCCACAUCAUCCCCAUGGGCAUGUGAAGCAUUUUAUGUUAAUAAAAGAGCAGAGCAGACUCGUGGUAAACUACGGCUUGUGAUCAAUUAUCAGCCCCUUAAUGCUUUUCUGGCAGAUGAUAAGUUUCCAUUACCAACUCGUCCAGCUUUGAUGUUACAGCUCUCAACAGCCACUAUUUUCAGUAAAUUUGAUCUUAAAGCAAGAUUUUGGUAG